ACUCCCUGGAAUAUUAUCAUCGUCGCUAGAGAUUGUGGCUCAGGCAGCUGGGCAUAGUUAUUUCGUUUCACCAUGAAUUUAGGUCAACGACACUCAAAACCGACCUCAGACAAUCCAAUACUACCACUAAAAAACUCGGAUAUCUGGCCACCCUCUCGUCUGUCCCUCACGAAACGCUACACCCGAGUUGUCGUCGUCGUGAUUGGAGCGCUUGGGCUCCUCUUCUUUUUCUAUGGCCGGGAAGCGGGAAAAAUUGAAAUACCUUCUAUACGAUCUGGCACGGUUCCUCCUCUGUACGAGAAGUAUCAUGAAUAUGAGCGACAUCUACCACAGCAUAACCUUUCUCUACCUUUUCCUGAGGGUCGGGAUGCGAAGUUCUUUUGGGCAGCAAAUCACGUCACUGGCUCUGGAUGGGGCAAUGCUAUGCAGGAACUCAUCGUGAAUGCUCAUCUCGCGCGCGUCACAAAACGCGCGUUCGUUUUUGAUAACUUUACAUGGGACCAGGACGGUCCCGACUACUCCGAGUAUAACGGAAAGCUUAUUCCUUCUCGAAUACCUCUCUCCGCUAUGAUCAGUGGCCCCAUAAUUGGCGCUACGUCACCACCAGGGGACGACGUCCCACGUUCAGUCUCAAGAGAGUAUUUUAAGAAGGUCUGCCCCAACCCCACAAUCAUAGACAGCGCUGUGAUAAACGAAGAAUUACGGACGAAUUCUAAUGUGCCUGCAUCGUACAUAUUCGACAAGUGGGUAGAGAAACUGAACUCAAUAGAUGAUCCGUGCGUAGAGAUUCAGCGGGGAUCAUACCAGCUAUUUGAAAUUUGGAUAUUUGGUUCCAGACGGAUCCUGUCUCUCUGGCCCACACUCUCUAAAUCGCCCAUGCUGUUGCAGUUCUCCUGGUCACCCCUAAUCCUUAACGCCUUCACUGAGAACGAGCACCUGAUCAGCUCCAAACCUAGUUCCUCCCGUUUUCCUUACUUCACUGAGACAUAUCCCACUCUGCCUCCUCCUGAGACUCAUGACUUAACGCCACUUCUCACACCUCCUCACAUUGACCCCAUUCGUGGACUACUUGUCCUUCACAUACGACGUGGAGAUUUUCAGGGCCACUGUCAGCAUCUCGCUAAUUGGUCAGCGGACUGGAAUGGACUUAAUGCCUUUCCAUCAUUACCUGACAAAUUCGAUAGACCGACUGAUGGAGGGUGGGGUGAAACCAGCGAUGAGAACAUGCAAAUGUACCUCAAAAAGUGUUUCCCGAGCAUUGAACAAAUUGUUGAAAAAAUUCAAGAAGUACUGGCCGACCAGGACAGGCUGUAUGGUAAAGCCAGAGAGCUGAAGAGAAUUUACAUAAUGACAAAUGGAGCCAUGGAAUGGGUAAACGAGCUCAGGAGUGCCCUCAUGAAUAUCAAAAAAUGGGAGUCUGUGGUGAGCAGCAGAGAGCUCCAACUCAGCUGGGAAGCCAAGUACGUGGCCCAGACCGUAGACAUGUUGAUAGGACAACGUGCACAAGUUUUCAUUGGGAAUGGCUUUUCAAGCUUGACCUCCAAUAUUGUCAUGUUCCGAAUGCUAAGGGAACUCCCACACGAUGACACGAGGUUUUGGUGAAUUUUAUGGCAUAACCCCUUUCAUUUACAAUAUCAUGCACACUAUUAUCCAUCAAGUAGCACUACCUCACCCUUGCCAACCGCUUCAAAGUUUCACCGGGUCGACUCAUAAAACACAUGCAUUAGUCUCCAAUUCAUCCUCUUCCGUCGCCCUCUUACUUGAAACAUUGAAACAUUUCUGACCAAUCUGGCCUUUGACACUCAUGGCACUACAAUCGGUAAUCACGCCGCAUACCUUCACAUUCAUUUCAUGCUGUUGGCCACGAACUCU